GGUAAUGCUAGGGGGAAAGGCUAGCCUACAGGCUACAGGACAACAUUAUACUUCAUCAUUAAAGCACGCAAGAAGGGCACACGACAAAUAGAGCGUAAAAACGUCUUGGAAAACAGGUGAAGCUGCUGAUAAAACAAACUAUUUAAGGAUCCUCCUGUCCAGUAUCACGGCGUGAGAUGGUUACUAUGACACCGAGACUGAACACAAACGCCCCCCUGACGCAAUUUGACAGGUGUCUUGUGUUGAAGUGCUCCUUACCUCGACACCGUGUGUUUUUAAAAAAUAAGACCUCUUUUUUGUGUCUGCUCCAGCCAAAACAUGGACGAGUACGAGAAGGUUUUGUGUUUGGGCAGGGGAGGAACGGCAGACGUGUUCCUGAUGAGGCACGUAGCGCGCAAGAGCCUGCACGCAGUGAAGAGGAUCAAAGUAGAGGACACGAGGAAAGCAAAAACACAGAGGGCAAUUCUGCAAGAGGCUGAAAUCAUUAGGAGACUGGAGCACCCUCAUAUAGUCAAAUGCAGCAAUGCCUUUGUGAACGCUGAAGACGGAUUCAUUUACAUUGUGAUGAGCUACUGUGAUGGUGGAACCUUAGAUGGCAAAGUUAAAGAGAGGAAACCAAAGGAGUUUUUCCCAGAGGAUGCGGUGAUGGGGUGGUUUGUACAGGUCGCCAUGGCUGUAAAUUACAUACACGUGGCUAAAAUACUUCACAGGGACAUCAAAACCUCAAAUGUACUUUUGACAAAGCAAGGCCUGGUGAAGUUAGGGGACUUUGGGAUAUCCAGAGUGAUGACUUGCACAGCUGAUAUGGCCUCCACAUGUGUUGGGACACCCAGCUACCUCAGUCCAGAGCUUUGCCAGGACGUCCCGUACAGCUCCAAGUGUGAUAUCUGGGCCCUUGGCUGUCUGCUGUAUGAGAUCUGUGCUCUCAGGCCUCCGUUUGCAGCCACAAACCUCCUGAGUCUGUUCUACAAGAUCACCAAAGGAGAGUAUGAUCCUGUGGAUAAUGUCUACUCUGACAACAUCUCCUCUUUGAUCCAGAGGAUGCUCCACCUCAACCCAGAAAGCAGGCCAAGCGCUGCCUGUAUACUCAGCAGUACCUUUGUGCAAGAUCACCUGGAAUCUAUCAAACACACAGAGGCUGUCUGUGUUCCUGCGACUGCAUCAGACAAUGACGCCACACUAGGGCCAGUUCUCCGUCAGUCCCAGUCACUGGAAGAGAAAAAACACAAUACGGAGGCCUGUUCCAGUGAUGUGGAGGAGGAGGACCAUGAUGAACUGCGUGUUGGAGGACAAAACCCCAGCGACUGCCUCUACCCUGAGGACUUUGACGAAGAUGAGAGUUUGUCCUCUCUUGAGGAGCACAGUGGACACUCGGGGUCACCAAUGAUGAGUGAUUCUGCUGAGCCUAUUGAGGCGCCUGACGUCUCAGAACAAGUUGAGUAUCCAGAUGACUUUGAGGAAGCCGAGGUGGAAGACGAACAUGAGGACGAAGCAGCCUUAGUUCACACUGCUGCCCAGGAUGAUGCCCCGGAGGAGGAGUUUCAGCUCUGUGAUGCUGGAGGAUUGACCGUCACCCUGAAAACACUGAAGGAAAAAGGCUAACAACGCCCUCACACCCUUAAAAAAACCGGGCCACAAUAUAGUGACCCUCACAGUCGGAACAGUGAAAUAUCUGUCAUGUGCCUUGUUAAGUGUUUUUAUGCAACUGCUGUAAAAAAAAAAAAAGGACAUCAGGCCUUCUAUAUUUAAGACAGGCCUUGGUCAAAAACAUCUGCUGCUGCAAUUUGAGCUAGGCUGUUGCCUUCCUGUACAUUUACUACACACCAAGAGACAUCACAUUGCUGUUUUAGUGUCAGAAGAUGUUCAAACACUUGGUGGGGCUAGAGAGAAUCAAUGCAGUCCUGCUCAGUGUGUGCUGUUAGUUCAGUGACGUGAAUAUUUCUGAACGAGGUUCCCGAUUAGCGUCUGCCUGCCUUAGCCUGAGUGAUGGUAAAGAUGACUAUAGCAUAUAUGACUGGAUUAUUUUAUAAUACACAUAAAAUUUCAAAUCAUGACUUGAAAAAACACCAGCAGGAGGUCCAAAUGGUUAAUUUGGAUUCCCAACUAACACAAAUUUCAUAAUCAUGUAUAUGUCCUAAUGUGUGUGUUAUUAUGCAGCAUUUGAAAUGAAAAAGGUUUUUGAUUAGGGCUUAUCUUUGCCUCAGAAUGAGAUAAAAGCGCAAUUAUUGCAUGCAACUAGGCCUUCAAAGGAUGUAUGUGGGAUAUGCAGUUCGCCACAAAGAUGUUAUGGCAACUAAAAUUAAGAUAAAAACCAAGAGUAAGAAACAAAUAUUUUACCACUUCAUUCAGGCCAUUGAGCAUUUUAUAGAUUGUUGCUGUUGCAACACAAAGUAAGUAUUUCACACAAUAGAUUUUUACUUUUUUGUAAUUGCUGCAACUACAAACCUACUACUGCAAAACAUUAGUUUUGAUCCCCUCAAAUUCCAUCUAUCAGCAGUAAUUUUCAUUAUUUCACUCUCACUGUCACUUUUGUAUGUUGCACCAUUCAUGUCUGAGUGAUAUUUUAUGACUAGAGAUGUAAUGGUGACUGGAACAAAUAGUUCAGCAGGGAAAACUCAAUUCAGCAAAUAUGUGAAUGUUUCAAACAUUUACUGCUUUGACUUUUUGCUAAAACACACACAAUCACACCUGAAAGCUGGCCAGUACAAUCUGAUCUGUCGGCUACUGACCAGUUGCAGGUUGCUCAUAGGCACCCCAAACAGCAACUGUUCAGUCAUGAGCCUGUUUGUAAAGGAUUGGCUGAGAGGGGGAAGGAGAACACGUAGGCCGAAGUAAUCUUCACCCGGUGUAUGUUUUAUUUGUUGUUUACAUCAGACAAACAAGCAGGUCAGGCUGGUUUUGGUGAGGUUUUGGUGUGAAAACCUAUAUCCAAAAAAACAAAACAAACUAAAAUAAACUAAAAACUUUAGCUUUAUCAUCCAUCAGUCAGAAAAGAGAAAUCCAUGGCUAGGCCCAUUGGCUAUUGGGCAGCUAGCAGCAACCUUCCAUACCAAAGUUAGUCAUAAUCACAUUUCAUUGUAAAAACAACAAAACAACUCUCCUCAACAUGGUUCCCUUCACUAUGAAGCCCAUGGGAUGCUCUCACUUCCAGCGCUUGGCGUUAGGCUAAGUAUUGUCUAUAAAUAAAACGAACCUGUUAACAGCACAGUUUGAUCGCUACACUGCGACUGUCACGUUUACUGAUCCUGAUAAACUGCAUGACUGUGCUCCAAUCAGUAGUAACUGUCACCAGCUUCAUCUAGCUAUUUACCACACUGACAGUGAAUAUAUAAUAUGUAUCUUCUGUGUCUCAAAUCUCAGUGUGAAAGCUUUGGUUGUCUGUUUAAUUUUUACUGUUAAAUUGAGUCUGGUAUGUACUGACUAAAGCUACUUGUUGACUCACACUUACAAAAUACCUUGAAAGUGUUUCAUCAUAGUAGUAGAGCUUCAUUUUCAGUUUUAAUAGUCUUAUGUAUGUGAACACAGUCAACGAUAAAUGAAAUGGUUGGAUGACAAACAGGUCAGCUCAGCAGUAACCAGCCAUAUAAGAUAAAAUAAGAUAUAUAAAAAAAAGUUUUAAUAAAAAUGAAAUGAGAUGAAUAACAUAUCACACUAUAUAUAAAUAAUGUAUGUGAAAAUUUGUGUUUGGGUGUAAAAGUAAAAGUGACCAGUGUAUACAGAGGUAUUUGCACAUUAGAUAUAUUUCAGUCCUGGUACAAUAGCAGGAGUCGUGGUCAGCUGGUCAUUUUGCGGACAGCAGGUAAGAAGAUGUGUGAUGUGGAAUAUUUAAGUUAAUGAGUUGAGAAGCAUGAUGGUACGUGAUGCUGUGUCGUCUGCCUGACGGUAACAUGGACAAGAGUCUGGUCCGUGGUGAUGCCGAGUGCCUUAGGCAGGCACCACUGGUGAAAGUUAUCCUGAAUGGCCAGGAGUCUGUUACCAGUGAUGUGCAGUGCCGCUUCACUGGGAACAGAUUUAAGUUACAGAGAUGUAACUCUGUAUGUCUUUCCCAGCUACCCUCCGUUCUACUAGUACCAGAAACACAAAACUGUUUUAUCUGAAAAGCUGAAACCUUUUCCUGUUGUUCUUGUUCAAAAGCUAAUAGUAAUCUAUCACUGUAUAGCCUAUGUCACCAUUCCGCCCUGUCUUGCUGUAACGUUUGUCUGUUUCUGUCUGUUCCCCCUGAUUGGUUUCACCUGCCUGCUUGUUUGUGUGUUCUGCUUGAUUACCCCAUGGGUUUCACCUGUUCUGCCCCCCCCCCCUCAUUUCUACUCUGUCCAUGUUGGUCUUAAGUGGUGUAUUGGUGGUGUUUGUCACAGCGAUGUGUGCUUUAGUCUGCCUGCCUGUUCAGUUUUUUUUUGCCAUAUUCCUGGAAUAUUUAAAUUCCUAUUUUUUAUUAUCUGUCUAUUUGGAUGAUUUUCUGAUAGUGUACUUUGGCUUGACUGUCUGGAUACCUCUUUUGUGGAUUACCUUGGUUAUGUUUGGACUGCCUCAAAUAAAGUGGGCUUAAAAUGUGUAAGUCAUUCUUAAUGUUUUGUUAAAUAAACCCUGAAUAAUCAUCAACAAUGGUA